AUGGAUACAGAGACUAAAUACUCGGCGUACCACUCUGCUCCCUACCAUGCAGCAGGAACCGCCAUCAUGAGCUUCAAACCAAUCAACGCAAUUCACCAGCAUUUAUGUGCCUUUCACGUCUAUUCUCAAGAUCGCUCUCGACAUGUUGAAGCACACCAUUAUUGCCAACAUCUCUCAGCAGACCUUCACCAAUGCAUCAUCUACGACUCGGACAAGUUGGAUGCGAGGCUGAUCGGGAUCGAGUAUAUCGUCUCGGAAGAGGUGUUCACGUCCCUGUCCCGGGAUGAGAAGAAGUAUUGGCAUUCUCACAAGUACGAGGUUGAAAGUGGAUUGCUCCAACUGGCGACAAAAGCCAUGGUGCCUGCCUCUGCGACGGACCUGGCAGAGCAACCUGCUAUGCUAGAACUUCAGAGGACGUAUGGGAAGACGAUCCACACUUGGGCGAUCGACACCUCCCCCGAGCUUCCCCUCGGGCCGCCAAAUCUCAUGAUGGCUUACACGCGUGACGGCCAGGGUCCUCCAGAAGAGAUGAUCAAGAAGCGGGACGCAGAAUGGGGCCAAGACACCGUGUCGAAGAGAGAAUCGCGGAAGGAGUACUUGCCUCAAUACGAGAAGGUCGACGGCGCGGAUGAGUGGGAGAGCACUGGACGAGCGGUUAGGUUCAACGUCGAAGAAGUCUCCACGGAGUAG